UUUACCUGGCAACGCAGUACUUCAUUAUCUCAGCAGUCUUCAUUUUACUUUUCGCAACAUUCAAGGUCUGAAGAUCUCUAUAAUAGACUUGGAAAUAGCAGAAGCUUAUCUUUUUUUUAUUGUUUUGCAGGGAAAGAAAGACUUAAUGGCUGCUUCAGGAAUCAAUGAACAUCAUGAGGCACUGCGUAAACAAAGAUUUGUUAACAGGCGAAUUUAUUUACAGAAACAAUUUUUGGAAAAACUGAAAAAUAAUCCAGAAGAAAUCAACAGAUACUAUUUUGAGAAAAAUGCUGAUCAAAAUGCAAAUGAUGCACAUCAGUGUUCAACAGCGGCUUGUUCACAUGAACUAGAGAGGCUGCAACGAAAAUAUGAAAGUGCUAGAUCUGAUGAGGAGAAAGCAAAUAUAAAGAAGCAUAUAGACUAUUUGACUUAUUCUGCAAAAAUCAAAGGACGCUACAAUUCAACAAACUAUGCACAACAAUGGUGAGCUGUAGAUACCGAUUACAGCAUGAGCAUCCUAACUUUCCACCUUGUGUGUAGUUGAUUCUUCAGCAUGGAAAAUCAGAUUGGUGUAAUUAAAAAAAAAAAAAGAAAUGCACUUUUGAAAUAAGUUAUAAUUUUUGUUUAUUUAGUUUGCAAUGUGCUUGUUUUUUGAGUGCCACUUUUGACUUAAUGUACAUUCACUAGUUUUUUGUAUUUUCUAAUAAAUGAAAAGGAACUCUUAGCAACUUACAUAUGGCCACCAAGGUUAUAGUCAGUCAGUAACAUCAAGGCAUUAAAUGUUUGCAUACUGACUUAUGCAGUAGGAACCAGAAUGUUUUUAUAUUUAUGUCAUUUUUUUCCACACUUUUUGAAUGAAAUAACUUAAGUUUGUUACAUGUUAGGUAAUUGCUCUAAAAGUUUUUGUACCUGUCAUCACAGCUUUGAUACAUGCACAAAAAUUAUUUCAAGUAGUGCUUUCAUUGUGCAUUUGUUUUACUUUUUUAAAAUAUUAUUUAAAGCUUUCAAAGUUCUCUUUCACUGCAAACUGUUCACCAUUAGAAAUAAGCUGCAUUCUUUAUUUAUAUUGAAAUUGUUUUAGCAUUAGAAAACACUUUCUACCGAUCUGGUUGGCCUCUUUCUUAUAUUACAAGAUUUUAUAGAAAUACACUAUUUGAGAUUUGCUAAUGUAUAAUGUUGUAUUUUUCUGAAAUACCUCUAGCCAUAAUGUUAAAUUUUCAUUCCCUUUUCACCUUUAAAAAAUCCUUUCCAUAGUAAUAACUAAAAAAAUAAAAGUGAAGGUCCAUAAAUGGUGCUGACUUGUAGUAUCUUUAAUAUUCUUCAGCAUUUGAAAAUAAAACAUUUGAAUCCAAUCCAAUAGAAAAUUGUUUUAAAAAAGGUUUCUGAAAAAUGUUUGCACUAAUUGUGUCAGGGUCUUUAUUUUUCAGUUCUGUAUUCGCUCCCCUAUUUGUAUACUUGCUGCUCAUUAGUUUAGUUAUAAAAGGUUUAGGAUUGCUUUCAAAGCAAGGACACAUACGUUUGACACCACUUGUCAUUGCAUUAGCAAUAUAUUCUAGAUCUAGUAGCUGUUUAUUAUAGAAUGUAGUAAAAAUAAAAGAUGGGCAUAAAAAGGACUAUAGUACAAAUGUACCAUGAACAAUUAGAUUUUUUGUCUGCUACAUUUUUUUUAAGCAAAACAAAUCAAAUGAGAUAGUGACAAUCUAAUUUAAAUGAAAUUAAACUGAAAGAAAAAUUACUAAAUGGAGAGGUGCAAGGGGGGGGGGGAGGUCCUGUCCAUUGUUUAUUUUACAGUAUUAUUUAUUUUUAAUAGCCUGUGUUCAUCCUUUUGUUUGAAAUGUCGACCUACAGUAUUAUAAUUUCAUGCUAUUUAUUGUGUGCCUUUUAGAAUGUUUAUACUUAUCAAUAUUUAACAGAAGAAUGUAACUAAUUUAUCUUUCUCUGUUCUGUCUCUCUCUCUCUAUAUAUAUAUAUCUGUUAAAAUAUUUUCAUAUUACAGAGUAUUACAAAAAUAAAAUUCAAUGUGGACAUGAAGUUUUUUAUACAUUGAAGUUUACACUUUAUUAUUGGUUAAUCUGUUUCAUUUUAAUUACUGCUAAUGUAGACUACAUGUUAACAUUUUUGACUGUUUUUAUAUUAGCACAUUUUAUUCUUCUUGUGAUGUACACUCAGAAAUAUAUUUGUCUAUUUGGACAA